GUCUGCUGGUGCCCUCCCAUCCGCCUCACACCAUCCUGUCAGCCAGAGGUUACAGCAGGCGGGAUUACGCUCGCAAAAAUGUGAUUUUGUACAAAUCCUACAUCCAGUUAGGUGUUCUGAGGUUUGCCUGCAGCUGUCUGCUGAACAACAGCCGCUAAAGAAGAACCGAGCGGCGGAGCAGCUUCAGGAUUGUCAAGGUUUUCCUGUGGAGGUUGUUGGACGGGACAGCGGAGCAUCGACUGAGGUUCCCGGCGGUUUUGCUCGACCCCCCAUCCCAGAGAUGCUGCCCUGCCUGCGGAGAGUCCUUCGGCCCGCCCUCUCUCUGAGAGCCGGGUCCGGGUUGGCCACAGCCGGACUCAGCAACCACCAAACAUCCGCCAUAGCUCGGUUCGCCUCGGAGCCCCCGCUCUCCAUGCUGGUGCAGCGGUGUAACCUGGGCACACACCCGCAGAAGGAGCCCGUGGAGAACCUCAACUCGCCCCGGGGAGCCAAGGAGUUUAUUUAUAGCCUGCAUCCAACUGAGCGCACCUGUCUGCUGCGAGAACUGCACAAGUUCGAGUCCAUAGCCAUAGCUCAAGGGCAGCUGGAAAUUGCACCACCUACUGCAGCACAGUUAAGAUACGUUCUGCUGCACAAUGCACUCCCUUUUGUUGGAUUUGGAUUCCUGGACAACUGCAUCAUGAUUGUUGCUGGAACACAGAUUGAGUUAUCCAUCGGCGUGAUCCUCGGCAUUUCAACUAUGGCUGCUGCUGCCCUUGGCAACCUGGUGUCUGAUCUGGCAGGACUAGGACUGGCAGGUUAUGUGGAGGCUUUGGCGUCUCGGCUGGGAAUGCAGAUUCCUGACUUGAGCCCAAAGCAGGCUGACAUGUGGCAAACCAGAGUCAGCUGUCACUCGGGUAAAGCCAUUGGUGUUGGCAUCGGCUGUAUUCUCGGCAUGUUUCCUCUACUGUUCUUCAAAGACGACGAUGAGAAGAAAGAAGGCAAGAAGGGAGCGAAGGAGAAAACACAACCACCACCUGCUCCACCAGAGAGCAGCAAAAACUGAAACUGUCAACUUGGAGGAGACAAAUACUAUUUGGAAUCCAUUAGAAUACUUUAGUCUGAGACUUACAGGCCGUGUCUGGUGGACUGGAGUGUAUGGAAACGUUAUUGAACCCCAUACAGUCUAAUCGCUGGGUGCUUUGCUUUGCAGUCAAACUAUCAAAGGUAUUCUGAAGAGGAUUUUAGAUAUUAUUUUAUUGUAGACUUUGAACUUAAGCACAGGGACCUGACUGUCACUUGUCAAGAGACAGUUGAUUCAUUGGACUGCUGCUACUCCAACUAUUGCUCUCUAACCUCACCUUGUUUUGACUGACUGACACAGGCUGAAACUAAUCUAAUCUCUUAUCUAAAACACACUGCAGUGACCUCUUUCUCCUCUCUGCUCCGAGUCUGUUGAAUAUAUAAACCUCUGAGUAUAGAUGGUUUGAUGUCAAGUAAAGGUAAUCAACCAUUUGAGGGCUUGCUAGACUUCGGAACCGAUGCAAGAACAAAAACAGUCACGGCUCAUUCAGAGAAAGAAUCUGCAAGUAUCUUACAUGGCAUCUUCAUUCUUGAAUAUUGUCAGAAGAUGCAUGCCGAUUCAUUCAGCAGUGGUAAACCAUGCUAAUCAGUUUUUGAACGUGAUGAGUCAACCAAAUGGGGUCAAUUUGAAUAUAAAAGAUGCACCCUUCCACACCAAGUACAUAAUUCUUCGGUUUUACAAGCAUGUCUGCCUUUUGAUGAUGUCAGAGUCCUAAAAAGUCCUGCCGGCCUGCCUCAUUCACACUCCAUGACACCCAAUCAGCUUCGAUUAAUGAGAAGGCAGGCGGUUAAAAAUGUAACACCCGCUGGCUGCUUCUUAAGAUUUUUGUUUUUUUGUUGCUGAUGAAUUGAUUGAACAUUACAUGCUUGUAUGCUGUGUGAUAGUCACCCAAAGCAGUAACACGAACAAAAUGUCUCCCAUGUAUACUGUAUGCAAACAGGUAGGCGCAGUUCAACAUAAUGUAACCUUUUAAGGAAUAGUUGACUAUCCUCAGUAGAUUUGAGCAGGAAAUAGAGAAAUAAAGAGAGGCAGCUGGAGGAAGAGACAGCGAGUAGCUAUGGGAAAAAGAUAAGAAAUACCAUCACUGGACUACCUGAGACCUGUACCUGUACCCUGUGAUUAAUCUCCUCCAGCUCUGCAUCGACCAGCCUGCAGCUGAACUGCAACACGUCUUCCAUACGUGGUGAGACAGCACCAGGCCUCUCGUCCAGUUUCUGGGGAGCCACAUAUUAUUGUUCUUAUUUUAAAAGGCAAACUAGGUCAUCUGCUUUAUCUGCCAGCCAGGAAACAUAGCAGUAAGCAUACAUUUCCAAGUCUUAAUUCAGCUGUCACUGAUUUCUUAAUUUAUUUUUUGAGUUCUGCUUGUCACCUGCUUGGCACAGGUUUGCUCAUCUCAUCAGCAGAACUGAAGACUAUUUAUGUGGUCAAAUCUGUCUGAGAGUAAGAGAAGAAGAAUUGAAUUUCCUUGCAGACAAUGUAUUUAUUUUUGUUAUAAUAUUCAGACUAGUAUUCAUGUAUGUUCUCAUUGUAUAUAUUUUUUUUCUGAAAGGACAAUGUUAAGAAUAGAAGAUAAUUGUCAGCACAACCACAUUCGUCAACAGGACAGACUCUGCAACCAUUCACUCUGUUACAGUUCAUAACUAAACGUACUAAACAUGCUCUGAAGACUUAAUCUGUAUAAGAUUGUUCUAGUUAUUUAUUAUUUGGGUAACAGUGAUCCUAAACAGUAAUAGAAUGAAGAAAAUGUACAAAGAAUUGAACAUAUUAAUGUAGUUAGGAUUUUUGAUCUGAUUGCUUGAUUUCCCACUUGCAUGCACUACUAAUAAAAAAACAAUACUGUACAUGUUUACUUUGUAAGGAGAAUAAAAAAAAACAUGGGUAUGUUCUAAACUUGUGCUCUGUAGCAGGAUACAAAUCACUGGAGGUGAUAAAACACAAGUAACUCAGGCUGGAUUAAAGAUCAGAUUUUUGACUAUUGUGAUAAAAAUAUAUAUUUUAUGGCUGUCGAAACAAUAAUAAAGCACAAGGAAUCGCAUGUGUUUACCUUUUCAGACAGCCAAUGAUAAAUCGUUCAAAAUAGGAUUGUGUGUUUGUGUGUAGCCUUGCAGAAGUUUUGCGGAUUGGUAACAGAGCCUUCUCCUACAAAGAGCAUUAUGUGAAGAGAAAACUCUGCUUGAUGGGCAAAAAGUGAUAAUAGUAGUAGUUUCAAAUAAUAGCAAUUUGCCUCCUUGUAUUGGAUCAUUAAGUUGACUGUCUCAGUGCUUUAAGACUGUCUUUAGUGCACAGCCAGUCAUGGUGAGAAAAUAUAAUCUCAGUGUCAAAAUACUGUAAUUUGGGGGCCAUUAUCCUUUUUCGUAUAUUCAUGCACUGCAUCACUGAACUUAUUUGUGGUUAAAAAUAAAUGAAAUAAACACCUACAAAAAGAGUUAUCUUGAAUUGAUGUAAUUAAAUCUUUAAAAACAGGUGGAAUGUUAAAUCAAAGAUGACUCAAAAAGCACAUUAACUUAUUCUUCACGGGUUUCCACCUUGAUGUGUGAAAUGCAGACCAUAAGUGCAAACUUACGGACAUUAUUUUAUUUUAUAUCUGCCAGUAUUUGUAUUUUGUAUACUGUAAACCAGCCUUCUAUAUUAAUUUGGCUGAUACACAUGCAAGGGAUGAGUUAUUUCAAAGUUAUUUUUGCUCUCAGUGUUUGUAUGGACCUGUUUUAGUUUCAGAGGAUUUGGAUAUUUGGACAGGCAGGAGUCAUUAGUCAGAGGCAUUUCAGUAUAAAGUACACAGUAGAGCUUCAUCUCUAGACCAGAAAACCAUCAGUGCUGUUUAAGAAAUUUAGCCAUUUAGUUUCAUUGCUGUGGGGUUUGAAAUGUUAGUCAAUCUCAUACUUUGCCCUAGACUGAAAUAUAUAACUAUUAGAUGGAUUGCUAGGAAAUUUUGGACAAACAUGCAUGGUCCCAAUAGAAUAAAGUUUACUACCUUUGGUCAUUUCUUCUGGUGCUUUUCCUCUUGUGUGGUGUGAGCUCUGCAUCUGUAUUGCUCAAAAUAACUUUUGCUGCUUUGGGGCAAUGGAGAGCUGAGAUUGCAUCAAAACCUCUGAACCUUUAACUUUUCAGGAGCUAAGAAAAAAGAACUUGGUUUUAACUUUUGACAUUAUGGGAUUGGAGUUUACCCACUCAGUUUUCUCAGUAAUCCUUCAAACUCGAGUAAAAACAAACAAGUCACAAAAUUGUUAUUAAUUAUAAAUGAAACUUCAACACAUCCACACAUAUCUGAUAUAUUCUGUACUGCACAGACAUGCAUAUACAGUAAUGUAUAUCCCUUUUAAUCAAUUUAAAAGUAAUAAAAUCUGUAUAAUACGGGUUAAAACCUGAUUUGUACCAAUGUCCCUGUGACGUGCUAAAAUCACUACUGCUUUCUGUCAGUGCUACGCUGAUUUUUUGUUCUAAAGUAUACAUUCAGUAUGUGCUCUGUACGUAUGUGAAAAGAAUAGAGAAAAUAAAAUCAUAAUUUAGAAUAAAUAUAAUAUAGAGGAAACAAUGGAGUAGAGAGAGUCUGUGUGUGAUCAUCCUUUAUUUUAUCUGCUUUGAUUAAACUGUUACCACUUGGCUGCAAACAUCU